GACAGCGACAACGACACCAUCGACUCCGACGAAGACGAAAAGGAAGUCUUGAGCUUCAUUCGGUUGUGCGCCGUCGUGCGGUACGGACGUCGAUUACGGUUUAUUGUUCUUCACAAGUGCCAUAAAGAAAACCAAAUUAAAUGAUUUGUAAAAACGAAAAUUAAAUGUUUUACUAUUUAAAAAUUUAGUUUUUGCAGUCAUAAAUAAACAAAAAAUCAGCAAAACCCAAGGAAAAAACUAGCAAAAGUUAUUAGCACGUCGCGCCAACUUUUAUUUAUUGCAAUUUUUAGUUUGCAUAAUAAUUUUUUUGAAUUUGUCAAAAUUUCACUUGGCGCUGACAUUAAAUUUUCCAAGUGCAACAACACAGCGACGUACAACCUACCGCAGACAGACGACGGCGAGUGCCAAGAUGGGGUCUCAUGUACCCCAAAGCGGCGCAUCCACGAGGCGAGCGCCAUGGAAUGCCUCGAUGAUCUUCAAAGUGGUGGCCAUGCUGCUGAUAUUGCAUGCCACAUGCGGCACCGACCACACGGCAACAGCUAAGCAACUUAACAAUGCCGACUUCACCAUCGACGACACCUUCGACAUUGACCAGUUUGAUGAAACACCCGCCACCAACGUCGCCGCUGCCAGUUCAAAUGUGGCAGUGGCACGCAGCACGCGCGAUCUCGACUCCCAAUCUCUGCUCGAGGACGAACUACAGCCGGUCGCGGCCGAGGAGGAUGCCGACGCCGACAGUUGGUUGAUACAGGGUGUCAAGCGUGUGCGUCGCGAGCUUAGCCGCAUCUUCGGCAAGGCGGAGGACAAGUCAGCCAAGCAUUCGCAUCACCGACGCGGCCAUGGCGAAGGCGGCAAGGAAGCGCACAACAAGCAUUCGAAGCACAAGGUGCACAGCGCUGGUGAAGGCAAGAAGCAUCGCAACAAGCUUCAGCUGCAUGGCAAGCACCGCGCCGGAAAACUGUUGCUCCAACGCCAACAGUCAGCGCAGGAUAUUGAGCACGAGGCGGCAGAGCAUGUAGGAACCGCGAAGCAGCAGAAGAAGCUGGCGAAAAAACACUCGAAACGACAGAGCGACUACGAUGGUUCCGGUGAUGGUGAUGAGGAUUUCGGUGCCGCGCCUAUGGCAUUGUGGCGCACACAAUUCAUCAUCAACGAGCCAUGGAAAAUUGCCUAUUCCGACCAAAAGAGCACCGAAUUUCUCGAACUGCACCGCCAAUUGGAGAUCUCUUUCCGCGAACUCUUCCAUGGCACACACAAUGAUGAGGACCUUGACAUCAGCCCGACCUUGUUGGCCGUACUUCCACACAAUGACAGCUACAAAAUCUAUGUGAUCGUGCAGCUGGAACUGCCCGAAGAGGUCACAGAUUUCGGAGAAGUGUUUGCCAAUCAAAUUGCUCGCUACCAUCGUUUGGGCAGCUUGGGCGCCGACACUGACAGUCGCUACUAUUUCAGACUUGUUCGCGACAUCAGUGAGCCAAUCGAUUACGAGUAUGAGCGCGAAAAUGGCGGCGAGUUUAAUGCAGAAGACAACGGUGCCGAUGGCGGUUUCGGGGCUGAGGAAGAAGAAGACAACGGUGUUAUCGAUGAGGCCACACCCGCGUACCAGUACGAUUGUGAUCACAACCCGAAUGGCCAAUUCCAGUGCUCAGAUGGUUCACUAAUAGCUUGCACUGAACACUGCAACCGCUACCCCGAUUGUGCGGAUGGCUCUGACGAAGACGCUGAUUUAUGUGGCCCGAUCUAUGAGGAAGAAGAUCGCCGUCAGGCAGAACAAGAUGCGCGUCAGCGUGCCGAAGAAGAGGAACGAAGACGUGAUGAGGAGCAUCGCCGAGCUUUAGAAGCAGAAGCACGCCGUCACGCUGAGGAAGAAGAUGAAGCGUUACGUUUGGCGGAACGAGAAGAAGAUGAGCGCCGACGUGCUGAAGAGGAACAUCGUCGUCGCUUAGAACAAUUAGAUGAAGAACGCCGACGCGUCGAAGCAGAGCAAGGCGAAAGUAUCAAUUCCGUACAGCCAACCAAAGAUGAUGAUGCGGAUGAACUAGAAGAAGAGGAGCGCCGUAGGGCUGAACAAGAGGAAGAAGAAGAGCGGCAUCGCGCUGAACAAGAAAAACAAGAGCGCCUUCGUGCCGAGCAAGAGGAAGAAGAAGAGCGACGUCGCGCUGAACAAGAAGAACAGGAGCGCCGCCGUGUCGAGCAAGAGGAAGAAGAGCGACGUCGCGCUGAGUAUGAAGAGCGUCGUCAUGCUGAAGAUGAACGUCUACGUGCUGAAGAAGAAGAAGCUGAACGCCGUCGCGCUGAAUACGAAAGUGGCCGAGACAACUACAACGUCAUACAACCAUGGCAGCCCCAACCCACCGAGGAACCCGAAGACGUUUCUCAUAUCACACCAGACUUUGAUGAGGGUUCUGGCGACAAUGGGCAUGGCAUAUCGACCGAUCGUUCCACGCUCUUCACACCGUUCGGUUGCCGUGGUGACGCUUCGUUCACCUGCUCCGAAAGCGGUGUGCAGAUCUGUGACGAGCAGCGCUGUGACGACCACGAAGACUGUCCCGACGGAGAAGACGAAGUUGGCUGCUCAGAGGAUGAACCUGUCGAUGGAGGCGAAGGCGAGGGCGAUGAAUAUGAAAAGGUUUGUGCUGAAUACGAAUUUAAAUGUGAUGAACGUUGUUUGCCCCGUGAAUACCUGUGUAAUGGCGCACGUGAAUGUCUCGACGGCAGCGAUGAGGCGAACUGCCCGACAGAGGAAGAACAGGAAUGCUUACCAAAUGAGUACAGAUGUCGUGCCGGCAACUGCAUUGACAAUGCGCGUCGCUGUGAUCACGUGCGUGACUGUCCCGAUGGCGAUGAUGAAGACGCUAGCUGCCAGGUAGAGGACAUUGAACGCAACAUAUUCGAUGAGGAUGAAAUAAUACGCGAAUACGCGCCACACGAACGAAAGCCACCGACCACAGAGGGUCCCACGCUGGAGGGACUGGACGCGCAGGAGUACUACCUCUUCCAUUCGAAUAUGUACCAGAAGGCGAACGCACGGAAUCCCUGCAACGAUCAGCAAUUCAAGUGCGGCAACAACGUUUGCAUACCGUUACAUCUGCGCUGUGAUGGCUUUUACCACUGCAACGACAUGACGGACGAGUAUAGCUGCGAUCAGUACAAUGCCAGUAAGCGGCGCACCACAGCGCCACCUUCGAACCUCGUACGCACGACGCAGGCUGCGCAGGUGUUGCCUUGGUGGCGCACCACAGCUGCCACGACAGCAGCGCCAGCGACAACGGCGAGGACGACGACAACGCGCAGCCGGUGGAUCGCAACGCCGACGCACGUUGUUAGCACUGUAGCGCCCAGCUACAACAACACUUGCCUCGAAAAUAUUGAAUUUACGUGCCAAAAUGGCGAUUGCAUACCGAUCGAGAGCGUUUGCGACGGCACUGCCGAUUGUACGCGCCGCGAAGACGAAGACUACAAUUUGUGCACCUGCAGCAGCGACAAGUGGAAAUGUUUGCGCGGCGGCGGUUGCAUACCAAAAACGCAGGUCUGCGAUGGCAAACGGCAGUGCAAGGAUGGCAGCGAUGAGAGUAUUUGCCCACGACCGGGCAAUGCGCGACCACCACCACGACCGCCAGCGCCGGCGCCAACAAAACCAACGAGGAUCGACUGCCCGCCACUGCAAUUCCGCUGCAACGGCACCUGCGUCGACUGGAGUCUGCAAUGUGACGGCAAAGUCGACUGCGACGACGAGUUCGACGAACGCGAUUGCGAUGUACAUGAGAACGAAAUAACAUUGCCCAUAUCGAAUAGGACUUGCCUCUCCUACCAGUGGCAAUGCGACAACGCUCAGUGCAUUAACAAAGAUUAUCUCUGCGACGGGCACGACGAUUGCACCGACGGAUCAGAUGAGACGCGCAGACAAUGCCGAAAAGAGGAAGCCAUUCGUCACUCACCCGAAGACUGUUCGUCGGAUCAAUUCUUCUGCGACGAUGAGUGUCGGCACGGAUCGAUACGUUGUAACGGUUAUAGCGAUUGUACCGACGGCAGCGAUGAGAUAAACUGUUUGUCCUAUCCGCCAACACGACGACCGGUGCCCAUCUACCCAUGCCCCAUACAUACCUGCCCGAAUGGCAAAUGCUACUCGGAGAGCGAACGUUGCGAUGGUUCGCGCGACUGCGACGAUGGCGCUGAUGAGGCAAAUUGCUGUGCUGCCAAUCAGUUCCGCUGCCGCAAUGGCGAUUGUGUCUCUGGCAGCGCUCAUUGCAAUGGUUACCGUGACUGUCGUGACGGCUCGGACGAAGAAGACUGCUCGGAACCCAACUACGACGUGGGACGCACUUGCUCGGUUUCGCAGUUCCGUUGCAACAACGGACAGUGUAUCAAUGCGGCGGCGCGUUGUGAUGGCUAUACCGAUUGUGCAGACAGCUCAGAUGAACUUUCGUGCAGAGUUCCUGACACAUCAUCAAACCCACAACUGAACCUGAAGACCUACCCUGACAGCCAAAUCAUCAAAGAAAGUCGUGAAGUCAUCUUCCGUUGUCGUGACGAAGGUCCAGUGCGCGCUCGUGUCAAGUGGACCCGCCCUGGUGGUCGGCCGCUUCCAAUCGGCUCGCGUGAUAACGGGGACGGCCGUCUAGAGAUUCCGAACAUUCGCGUUGAGGACUCUGGUCAGUACAUCUGUGAAGCUGCUGGCUAUCCGCGCCAUGUGUCUGGACAGCAAGUCACCGUACAUCUGACCGUCGAGAAAUCCAACCCUAUCAACGAUCGCCCGCCCACAGCUUGCCGCGCCAACCAAGCUACCUGCCGCAACAACGAAUGUAUUGACAAGUCGCAGAUCUGUGACGGCAUUCCGCACUGCUCGGACGGCUCCGAUGAGGAAAGCUGUAGCCACGGCCUCAAGUGCCAGCCCAAUCAGUUCAUGUGCCGCAACUCGCGCUGUAUCGACCGCAUCUGGCGUUGUGACGGGGAAGACGAUUGCUUCGACAACUCCGAUGAAGACAGCUGUGAUCCCGAACCCAGUGGCGCGCCUUGUCGCUACGACGAGUUCCAGUGCCGCAGCGGUCAUUGCAUUCCAAAGAACUUCCAGUGCGACGAUACGAAUGAUUGUAUAGAUGGAACCGAUGAAAUCGGUUGCAUGGCCCCUGCGCCAAUUCGCCCACCACCGCCACAUAUUCGUCUGCAACAAGGCGAGCCAUUGAAUCUCACCUGCGUGGGCACCGGUGUGCCAGUGCCACUGAUCGUCUGGCGUCUAAACUGGGGUCACGUUCCCGAGAAGUGUACUUCUAAGAGCUAUGCCGGUACGGGUACGCUUUACUGCCCCAACAUGGACACCCAGGAUCAAGGUGCCUACUCCUGCGAAAUACUCAACUCGAAGGGACGCAACUUCGUUAACCCAGAUACCCAGGUGACCGUUGAUGCACCAUCCCGUGUGGAUGUUUGCCCUGCUGGUUUCUUCAACAUGCUUGCCCGCCGCCAGGAUGAAUGUAUCAGCUGCUUCUGCUUCGGUAUUUCGAAGAACUGCAAGAGCGCUAAUCUCUUCAACUUUGCCAUCCAACCGCCAAUCACAUCGCACAAAGUCAAGAACGUUGAGUUGAACCCGUACAGCGAUAUUAUCAUCAACGAUGUGGCGUCGCCUAAUAUCCUCAGUCGCCAUCACGGCGUGCAGUUCCGCGUAUCCGAUGUGGGCUACAACAGCCGCGAGCAGCCAUACUUGGCGCUGCCAAACGACUACAUGGGCAACCAACUGAAAUCUUAUGGCGGCUAUCUGCGCUACGAGGUUAACUACAUGGGCAACGGACGUGGCAACCAGGCACCGGAUGUCAUAAUCACAGGCAACGGCUUUACGCUCACCCACCGCGCACGUAACCAACCAGAGCCGAACGUAAACAACAAGAUCUCAGUGCCAUUCAGCGCCGGCAACUGGUACAAGACGGACGGACGUCGUGCCACACGCGAGGAGGUCAUGAUGGUUUUGGCUAAUGUGGACAACAUACUCAUCCGCUUAAGCUACAUCGACGCAACGGAACGAGAGGUGGAGCUUACCAAUAUCGUUAUGGACUCAGCAGGGCUUGAAGAUCAAGGCUUGGGCUCAACGUCACUGGUGGAGAAGUGUACCUGCCCACCCGGUUAUGUAGGAGACUCCUGCGAAUCGUGCGCGCCUGGCUAUGUGCGUGAGAAAUACGGACCUUGGCUGGGUCGCUGCGUGCCUUUUGUGCCGGAACCUUGCCAGCCUGGCACCUAUGGUGACCCUGCUCGUGGCAUACCAUGCCGUCAAUGUCCAUGCCCACAAACUGGUGCCAACAACUUUGCGAACGGCUGUCAACUCAGCCCUGAUGGCGACGUUACAUGCAACUGUUACGAGGGUUACACCGGCAGGCGUUGUGAGCUCUGCGCACCUGGCUACCAGGGCAACCCACUGAUCCCGGGAGGCAGCUGCCAUCGCAUACCAGAGAGCACAUGUAACGCCGAAGGCACUUACUAUCCGCACCCGAACGGCACAUGCGAGUGCAAGCCGCUUGUGGUUGGCCCCCGUUGCGACACUUGCGCACCCGAAUCCUUCCACUUGAACGCCUUCACCUACACCGGCUGCAUUGAGUGCUUCUGCAGUGGCCUGACAAAGCAAUGUUCCAGCAGCAGCUGGUACCGCGACCAGGUCUCUUCGAACUUCGGACGCUCACGCGCACCUCACGGCUUCAACCUUAUUCGCGACUAUGAAACCCAACAACCUACUCAAGUCAGCUUCCAACAGGCCAACAGCGCGCUGCAAUUCAGCCAACAAUCAACCUCUGAUCCGCUAUAUUGGAGCCUGCCAGCGCCAUUCCUUGGCGACAAGAUCACUGCCUAUGGCGGCAAACUCUCCUACAAUCUCAGCUACAACCCACUGCCAGGCGGGCUUAUGUCCCGCAACAAUGCACCCGACGUGGUUAUCAAGAGUGGUGAAGAUUUGACAAUCAUUCACUACCGCAAAGCCGGCGUGAAUCCCAACCAACCGAGCUCAUACUCCGUGCCGAUUAUCGAAAGCGCAUGGCAGCGUUCCGACGGGCAAGUAGUCAAUCGCGAACACUUGUUGAUGGCGCUUUCGAAGAUCGAUGCGAUCUAUAUUAAGGCCACCUACACUACCAGCACAAAGGACGGUCAAUUAACACAUGUCUCGUUGGAUAUUGCCACACAGAACAACAUUGGCACGCAACGCGCCUUUGAAGUGGAAGAGUGCCGCUGCCCCAUUGGCUACAUUGGCUUGUCCUGCGAGCGCUGUGCACCUGGCUACAAACGGGAUACUGAAGCCGGACUCUAUUUGGGCGUUUGCGAACCCUGCGAAUGCAAUGGCCAUUCGAGUCAGUGUGAUGCUGAAACCGGCGUCUGCUUGAACUGCGCACACAACACGGCUGGUGAAUUCUGCGAUCGCUGCGCGCCCGGCUACGUAGGCAACGCGUCCGGUGGCACACCAUACGACUGCUCGCCUGAUAUCGGCGAACCCAGCCCCUACCCACCACCAGCACCUGGCAAUCAGACCCAGUGCAGCUACUGCAAUCGCGAUGGAACUGUCUCUUGUGAUGGCGGCUACUGCGAAUGCAAGCCCAAUGUUGUGGGCCAAUACUGCGAACAAUGCCGACCUGGCACUUACGGUCUUUCCGAGCGCAACCCCGACGGCUGCGAGGAAUGCUAUUGCUCUGGCAAGAGCACACGCUGCAACUCGGCUUCGUUGUUCCGCCAACUCAUUCCAGUUGACUUCAUCAGCAACCAACCGCUGAUCACAGACAGCGACGGCAAUAUUGUGGACACCGAAAACUUGAGCUUCGACUUACCCACCAACAUGUACACCUACAACUUCCAAUCGUACACCGAGAAGUACUGGAGCCUGCGUGGCUCUGUGCUGGGCAACCAACUGUACUCAUAUGGCGGACAUUUGUCCUACACACUUGAUGUAGACACCACCUCGUAUGGCCGCUCUGAGGCCGGCAGUGAUGUCAUACUCAUUGGUAAUGGCAUGAAAUUGCUCUGGUCCCGGCCCGUGGAGGAGCAAGGCAGCACCGAAUACCGUGUGCGCUUGCACGAAGAUGAAAACUGGUUGCGCAAUGAGCGCGGUCACUCAGUUCGCGCCUCGCGGCUAGACAUAAUGGGCGUACUGGCCAAUUUGGAGCACGUACUGAUACGCGGCACAACGAAAAUACCCACCACACGCACUAGCAUAAGGGACGUCAUUCUCGAAUCGGCGGUCGAGCAUCGCACACCCGACGCACAACUGGCCAUUGAAGUGGAGGUAUGCACCUGCCCGGCCGGCUACACCGGCAACUCGUGCGAAAAGUGCGAACCUCUGCACUACAAGGACAACUAUGGCAGCUGCGUGCCUUGCCCCUGCCGUGAAGACACCACCGUCGGCUGCAGUCUACUCAACAACGGCGAAGUGCUUUGCCAAUGCCGACCAGGCUACGCCGGUCAACAAUGCCAGAUCGAUGAAGACUACGACCGCCCGCCACAGCCCCCAUCCACGCCCGUCCCACCGCCAGACUAUCAAACACAAAUUACCGUCUCGAUAGCGCCACCGGAGAUCACUAUUAUACCGAUUGGUGGCUCGUUGACUUUGUCCUGUACCGGCCGCAUGACCUGGAGCAAUGUGCCCGUUUUCGUGUCUUGGUUCAAGCAGAAUGGACGCCUACCCUAUGGUGCUGAGGAAGAUGGUGGCGUUUUGCGCUUAUAUGACCUGCAAAUCUACGACUCUGGUGUGUAUAUCUGCCGCUCGGUGAACAAUCAGACGAAACGCGUUUUCGAAGACCAAAUUUCUAUCACAAUUACAGAGGAUUCCCAACGCACACCGUCACAGAUCAUCAACCUCCCACAAGUUGUCUCGUUCGAGGAGUACCAGCCCAACGAGAUCAACUGCGAAGUGGACGGUCAUCCCACGCCAACAGUCACGUGGACGCGCGUCGACGGCCAAAUGUCACUGGAAGCGCACACCGACGGCUCUCGUCUGAUCUUCGAUGCACCACGCAAGUCGGACGAAGGCAGAUAUCGCUGCCAGGCCACGAACGAGAACGGCAUCGAUGAGAAGUACACGCAAGUAUACGUGCGCAUCGCCCCACCCCUACCACCACCACCGCCACGCGAACUCGUCUACAUCGAACCGCCAUCGUACACCGGCGAAACGGGCGAUAACGUGCGUCUCACCUGCCAGCCAACCACCUCUAUCCUGCUCGUCUACGAGUGGAACAAAGACGGCUACCCACUCUACCGUCAACGCAACAUCGUCAUUAGCGGCAAUUCGAUUGAGAUUCGCGAGUCCACGCCACGCGACUCCGGCGUCUACACUUGCAUCGGCAUCGAUCAGCGCGGACGACGCAACUACACCAAUGAUGCACAGGUUGUGAUCGAGGAUAGUUCAUAUCCGUUACCAGGACCGCAGCCAGGACCACAGCCGGGGACCAUUGCGCCAGUUGUAAAACGCUUGCCAGAUGAAAACCACAUCGUCCAAGGACAAGAUUUCACCCUAACAUGCGAUGCCACCGGCUCGCCCUACCCCACCAUCAAAUGGACUAAGGUUCACGAGGCCCUCGCCGACAACGUGCAGCAAACCGGUAAUGUCUUGCGUAUCAUAAAUGCGCGGCCUGAGAACCGCGGCAUGUAUCUGUGUAUAGCCGAGAAUGUUGCUGGCUCUCAUGAAUCCAACACUAUUAUCGAUGUUGAACCACGUGAAAGACCAACCGUCGAUAUCCAUCCGCCCGAGCCGCAAACGGUGAAUGUAGGCACCGAGGCGAUGCUUUACUGCAGUGCCAAUGGCAUACCCGAGCCUAGCGUACAGUGGCGUCGCGUUGACGGGAAACCGUUGUCACCACGCUGCAGGGAAAUCAGCGCCGGUUACAUAAUCAUCGGCGAUAUUCAAGUAGAGGAUUCUGGCGAUUAUGAGUGCGUUGCCCAGAACGACGUUGGACGUGUAGCUGAGGUGCAAACUGUGCGCGUUUUGGUACCUCCGGAGAUAACACUGGAACCAAGCGAUGAAGUGCUCAGCUUAACCGAAGGUGACGAGCUCAAAGUGAUCUGCACGGCCACUGGCGUGCCCAGCCCAAAUGUGCAGUGGGUUGAUGACAGCGCCGAUCAACGCGCCUUGAUCCCGGCCAGCACGCAGUUCAACCAGGCCUUCUUGGAGAAAUACCGCAUCGAUCGCAAUGACGCCAAGUCCUACAAGUGCAUAGCAAGCAACGAAGCUGGCACCGCGGAGAGCUACGUCACCGUGGAUGUACGUCCGCGCCGUGGCGAUGCGUCAAACGACAGCGAUGUGCUACGCAACCCAUCAUACCCAUAUCCAUACCAACCACAACCGCAGCCGCAGCCACAGCCACAGCCAACGCAACUAUAUCCACAGCGUCAGCCCUCCUACGGACCGCCACAGAAUAUUUAUCGUGCCAAUGAGGGCGAUGCCGUCACACUCACCUGCGAUCUACAUAAUGGACCGAACUUGUCAACGCGUUGGGAACGCGUCGAUGGGCGCCCACUGCCAGAUAAUUCGUACUUCGACCAAAACAGCUUGAUCAUCACGCGUGUCGAGGAGCAGAACAGCGGCAAGUACCGCUGCAAUGCGUUGGACAACCGCGGCGCUGUAGUAACGUUCGUAAUUGCCGAGCUGGUGCUAGUGCCCAUUCCACACAUCACAUUCCACCCGAAGAUGCCCAUUGUGGUGGCACCCAACGACAACAUCGACAUCUACUGUGAAGUGACAGGCGAGCAGCCCAUUGACGUCGCCUGGCAUACGGACAACAACCGCCCGCUCACCGACUCGGUACGCAUUGAUGGUCAGUACCUGCGCUUCGUCUCCAUCACUCCCGCCGAUGCUGGCCGCUACUACUGCUCAGCCUCAAAUCGCUAUGGCAAUACCACGAACAUGGCCGAGGUGGUCGUGAAUCGCAACGGCGCCUAUCGGCCAGCACCACGCGCGCAAGUAUACGACAUUCGCGAAGGUGAAGAUGUAACGCUACAGUGCGAUGUGCAGAGCGCACGCGAGCCUAUACGCGGUGAAAUAAGAUAUGAAUGGCGUCGCCAAGAUGGUCGUCCAUUGCCACGCAACGCCCUGAUACGUGACCAACGACUCUACCUACGCGGCGUUCUGAAACAGGAUGAGGGCCGCUACGUCUGUGAAUCCUACUCGACUGGCGGUGGCCGCUCACAGCCAUCCUUUGUCGAUCUGAAUAUCAAGCGAGGUUACAGCAUAAGCGAGGUCCCUUGCGUGGUAUUCUAUAUCUGUACAGCAGCGGAAGUGCCACAAUUCCGUCAACCAGCCAUACCACAACCCCUACCGGAUCUUCCCACUCCACCACCGCCGCAGCAGUCACGCCCACGCGAACUGAGCCUGAAACUGGACCAACAGUCGUCGCAACUACGCGUCGGUGAGUCAACAGAGGUCGAGUGUUACUCGUCAGACAGCAGCUACACGGACGUCAUAUGGGAACGCGCUGAUGGCUCACCACUACCGCCAAACAUACAGCAAAUCGGCAACAGGCUCAUCAUUUCUCAUGUCUCCGCUUCGGAUGCGGGCAACUAUGUCUGCAAGUGCAAGACGGACGAGGGUGAUCUAUACACCACCAGCUACGAGCUAGGCAUCGAAGAGUGGCCGCAUGAGUGGAAACGCCCAAAGUUGGUACAUGCCAACGUCGGCUCAUCAGCACAGCUGAACUGUGAUGCCGAACUGCCUGGCAGCUAUCGCUGGUCGCGUCAGUAUGGACAAAUGCAAGCCGACCGAGAUCUAUUCAAUGAGCGCCUCGAAUUGCAGGAUGUGCAGGCCAAUGAUGCCGGCACUUAUAUCUGCACGUCAAGCACACCCGAUGGGCAGUCGGUUGACUAUCCCACCAUCCUAGUCGUUACCGGCGCCAUUCCUCAGUUCCACCAGGAACCCAUUAGCUACAUGUCGUUCCCAACGCUGCCCGAAUCAUACAUCAAAUUCAACUUCGACAUCACAUUCCGACCCGAACAGGGCAACGGUCUGCUGCUGUUCAACGGCCAGAAACGCGGUAGCGGUGACUAUAUCUCGCUCUCAUUGAAUGACCGUUAUCCUGAGUUCCGCUUCGACUUCGAUGGCAAGCCGAUGGUUAUACGCGCCGAACGUCCAGUCUCACUCAACGAAUGGCAUACCAUACGCGUGAAUCGUUUCCGUCGCGACGGCUACAUUCAGGUCGAUGACCAACAUCCAGUUGCAUUCCCCACACUGGCGCAGAUAUCUCCGCUUGAUUUGAUCGAAGAUCUGUACCUUGGUGGCGUGCCCAACUGGGAAAUGCUGCCGCUCGAUGCCGUUGAUAAGCAAAUCGGUUUCGUUGGUUGCAUCAGCCGCCUGUCACUCCAGGGAACCAUUGUCGAGUUGAUGAAAGAGGCCAAACUGAAAGAAGGCGUCACAGCCUGUCGUCCAUGCCAGCAGAACCCGUGUCAAAAUGGCGGCAUCUGCCUUGAGAGUCAAACUGAAAUGGCGUAUACCUGCAUUUGCCAGCAGGGCUGGACUGGGCACAACUGCGGCGUCGAAGGCACUCAGUGCACACCGGGUAUUUGCGGAAGUGGCCGCUGCGAGAACACCGAAACCGGUAUGGAAUGCCUUUGCCCAUUGAACAAAACCGGUGACCGUUGCCAGUACAUUGAGCACCUGAAUGAGAACAGUUUGGCGUUCAAGCUCAAUAGCUAUGCCGCCUAUCCCACACCACGCGCCUCAAAACUUAAUGUGAAAUUCAAGGUGCGCCCGAACUCGCUGCAGGACGCUGUGCUCCUCUACGCUGCAGAAUCGAAAUUGCCCAGCGGCGACUUCAUCGCCGUGCUGCUGCACGACAAGCACGUAGAACUGGUAAUCAAUACUGGCGCGCGGCUGAACCCUGUGUUGGUGCGUUCGCAGAAUCCACUGCCAAUAAACAAGUGGACCGAAAUCGAAGUGUCACGCCGCUUUGGCGAAGGCAUCCUUCGUGUCGGCAAUGAGCCGGAGCAACGCGCAAAGGCGACAAAGUUGGCGCGCAUGUUGUACAUUAAGACACCGCUAUACCUUGGCGGCUACGAUCACGAAAAUAUAAAACUCAAUCGGGACGUAAAUGUCACACAAGGCUUCGACGGCUGCAUCUCGGGCUUGUUCGAGGGCCAACGUCAGAUUAAUCUUAUUGCCGACAUCCAUGACGCCGCGAACAUCCAAAACUGUGGCGAAAUCAAUGAGAUCCAUCAAAACGAAGCGUUCGACAACUACGAACACGAAGCAACGAAUAUUCAGAAAGCCACAGGCCAACCAAUCGAAGCGCAUAGCGAGAACGACGAGCAAAGAGUAGACGCAUGCGCAAGCGAUCCAUGUGAGAAUGGCGGCACUUGUCAUGUGCACGAUGCCGAAGCCGUAUGCGCGUGCCCUGUUGGCUACACCGGCAAGCAUUGCGAAGAACACAUAACCAUCGAAUACGAUGCCAAUUUCCAUGGAAACGGCUACUUGGAGGUGGAUCGCAAUCAAUUCAACACCGAGAUCGAGCAAAAAUACUCAUUCGCGGCAAUGGUCUUCUCCACAACCGAUCCAAAUGGCUUGCUGCUUUGGUGGGGCCAAAAGAAGGACGAGGAAUACACCGGCCAGGACUUUAUGGCGCUCGCCAUUGUCGAUGGCACUGUGGAAUUCUCGUUCCGUCUCAACGGCGAGGAGACCGUCAUACGCAAUCCGGACAAACGCACCGAUGAUGGCCGUCGCCACAUCGUACUGAUCAAACGUACGGACAACACUGCCAUACUGGAGUUGGACCAUCUGCUGGACGCAGGAGAAACACGUCCGACGGGCAAGGACAAGAUGAGCCUGCCGGGACAUGUGUUCGUUGGAGGUGCGCCAGACGUUGCCAAAUUCACGGGCGGCCGCUACACCAAGAACUUCAACGGCUGCGUGCGCGUCGUGGAAGGUGAUGCGCAUGGCUUAAUACAACUGGGCACAGCGGCUAUUAGCGGCGAGAAUGUCGACACGUGUCCGCAGGUCGAAGACGAAUCUCUUGGCACCGAACCACCAGUCGUUUGAACUUAGCUUUUAAAUAAAAUAUUCUUAUAUAAAUAAUUUUUUUAUAAAUAUGAUUUGUUCUUAAGUUACAACACGAAACCAUACACAAACACACACACACACACACAAACGUGACCAAUUGAGUGAAGUCGAUGGCAAGCAACAAAAACAACAACAAAGGUGUAGUUUAAAUUUUAACUUAAGUGCACUAAGUAACAACAAUACAACAAAGUUAAUUUUAAUGAAACUUGUGUCAUAUAUGUAUUUUGCAAUAAUUUCUUAAUUUGUAAGCUUAACCUUUUCGAAAAGAAAACGAUUCCAAAUACCAAAAAAUCGACAACUUUCAAAAACUGCCCAACGCCGCAACUCAUUUUUUUCCACUGCGUUGAUUUUGUUUGUGCAAAAUUCUGUGACGUACAAGCGGGAAUUUAUUUUUUAGUUUUAAUUAACUUAAAGUUAAAAACACAAAAAAAAA